CCCAACAGCUGCGGUUGUAGAAGAAGAACGAGCGCAAUCGUAUUUAUCAAAUAACUGUAAUAAGUUAAUAACAAAGUGCGUCAUUAGUAGCGCAUUUACGAAGAAACAGAGAAAGCACUUCGAAGAGUUAGUCCAAACGAACCAUUUUCAAAAUUACUACUAUGUUGUGUCGUCUGGGUGGGAAAAGAGUUAGCUGGAAGAUCGCUUCAAAUUCCGCUAAACCUCUGGCUAAAACACUUUUCGGUUAUAAGCGUGCAGAAACGUGAUGUGGUUAUUAAAAUAGAAUUAUCAUUUUGAAUAGCGCUCUCUUAUCAACAGUUACUCAUCGUACGCAUUUAAGGUAAACAGCCAUUCAUUGUCACACCUUGUUACAAUCUAAUCUCAGAAAUAAACUUGUGAUCCGUUUUGUAAUACGAGCCAAUUAAAACAUCGUGACAUUUGACACGCUAAUUAUUAAAUUGAAGUUAUUUUAAUUUACAAACAUACAAAUUAAGAAGUGAUUAAUUGCAAUGACGACACUUUGUUUACAAUGAUAAAAAUAUUGUUACAAAUAGCACUUCUGAUUCCGACCUGUUUCUCAUCGAACCCUUGCUGCAGAAACAAUAAUGCGAUAAGUGAACGAAGAUGCAUCGAUGGUUCGCCUUUGCAAGGUCUCUCCUGUCCCCAAAAGUACCUCAUUGAGAAAGAUUCUGACAUAGAAGUCGAUAGCGAUGAUCAUCUUAACAUAGCCUCGUCACGAAUAUCACCAAACAAAUACUGCGUGUCAAGUAAAAACGACACAGUUGUUUACAUCGUUUGCUUCAAUGAGGAGUCCACAGGCAACACAAUCUACAUCGUUCAUGCUGUUCUAGAAUUAAUUUCCGUGUUUUUCAUUGUGAUAACGAUUUUUGUUUAUUUACAAUUGCGAGACGACCUUCUGGAUUUGCAAGGCAAAAGCAUUCUGCACUCAAUUGCAGGACUGGCUUUAUCAUUCCUUACUUUGGCCGUAAACCAACUAUUGCCAGGUGGUUUAGAACGACCAUACUGUAUUGUGUUGGCCUAUAUUAUCUACUUCUCAAUGCUAUAUUCAUUUUUUUGGCUAAAUGUUUUGUCCUUUCACAUUUGGAGAGUUAUCGUAAAGCCCCGUUUUCUCCAAAUAUUGUCCCCUUAUUGGCACUACAUUUACUGUGGUUUUGGCUGUGGAGGACCCACUUUUUUGACCAUCAUCCUCUCAAUUGCUCAGUCAAUGAACGAGUCAGAUUCCCAUCCAGGGUUUGGAGAAACAAAAUGCUGGUUUAAAUCCACAAAAACCCAAUUUCUUUACUUUUACACACCCAUGGCCGUGCUAUUGUGCCUGAACCUCCUCUACUACGGCUCAACAAUCGCAACUUUGUGGCGGAGCUUGAAGACAGUGGAUGAAAAGAAAGACAAAGUGUUAAAGUACAGAUUGCUUCUUUGUGUGAAAUUGUUCUUCAUAAUGGGCAUCUCUUGGAUCUUUGAGUUAUUGUCAGCCGCUUUCCAAGAGAGCAAUCCCCUUCAAGUCAUAUGGCACGUGACAGACGUUCUCAACACCUUACAAGGAAUCCUGAUAUUCCUCAUUCUGGUGGUAUUCAGAAAACGAGUCGUUCGUGGAUUAGCAGAUCGGAGUUUUUGUGGAAUACGAUUGCCAGGGCGGUGGCGAGGUGCCGCCGAUGACGAAUGUGGAGAAAUCGAAGAAGAAUUGAACUUAUCAGAAACACACGUCCAGAAAAACUAAUCGCGUGUGUUACUCCAUCAGUGGAAGAGUUUAGUGAAGGUCUUUGGGCCAAGGAACAAGACAAAAUGUACAUAAGACAACGAAAAUUAAACAUAAACUAUUUUUAGCUAAUUUUAUUUUUACGCAAAACUGGGAACCGAUUUACAAAUUUUCGUAAUCACAGUAGACUUCUAUUCGCAAUGAAGAUGCAACUUUGAAGACUGGAUGAGAUCGAGUGAAAUAUUUCUCAUACCGAAUUAUCCUUUAAUAAAUUUUUUGUUCCCCCA